GCUAGCUAACUGAUUUGGAUAAGGAAAAGCUCUUACUCGUGUUUCUCGGAGCCCGUGAUGCGAUUUGGCCGUGCUCCUACGUGUAUCCAAUUAUCCAUCCAGAUUCUAGGCAAUAUCCUACAACAACAUGGAGUUUUAUUUCAUUCUUCGUCAGCAUCAACCAAAACUCAAUAUCUUCUUUCUCUCUUCGGAUAAACUUCCUAAACCAAGAAAAUCCUUACUAUUUCUGUCCCUGCUGCAAAUCCAAAACGUCCUCGUUCUUAUCCGAAAUUUCAAAUCCCACAAUGAGCAGGUCGAGCGUUAUUAAUUCUUCCCAUAAUAGCUUCUCAGAACCCCGAUUCUCUCUGCUGCUUCCCAAUCUCCUCUCUUCCUCCGUUUUCGCCAGAGUGUUUCUAUAUUCACCCCGACCAGGAUCGCUCUCAGAUUAUCUCCGAGCUCUGAUUCAAUGGCGGCCCUUCCUCCCGGCUCCCUUUUCCUCGGAUUCGACUCCUCCACCCAGUCGUUGAAGGCGACGGUACUGGACUGCAAUCUUAAUGUGAUUCAAUUGGAUCAAAUCCAUUUCGAUUCCGAUUUGCCCCAUUACAAGACCAAAGAUGGCGUCUACAGAGACCCGUCCGACAGCGGCAGAAUCGUUUCCCCUACGCUAAUGUGGAUCGAAGCUCUCGAUCUCGUCCUCCAACGCCUCUCCAAAUCCGGUUUGGAUUUCGGGAAAGUUGCUGCUCUCUCCGGCAGCGGACAGCAACACGGCAGCGUUUACUGGAAGAACGGCAGCUCUUCGCUGCUCUCCUCGCUGGACUCUAACAAGCCGUUGUUGGAUCAAUUCCGCAAUGCGUUUUCAAUCAGUGAAUCGCCUAUAUGGAUGGACAGCAGCACCACGGCUCAAUGUAGGGAAAUUGAGCAAGCUGUUGGUGGAGCGAUUGAGCUGGCUCGGAUCACUGGGUCUCGUGGGUAUGAGAGGUUCACUGGACCUCAGAUCAAGAAGAUAUUUCAGAAGCAACCUGAUGUUUAUAACAGCACUGAGAGGAUUUCACUUGUUAGCUCGUUCAUGGCUUCUAUUUUUGCUGGGAAGUAUGCUUCCAUUGAUCAUGCUGAUGGUGCUGGGAUGAAUUUGAUGGAUAUUGAGAAAAAGACCUGGUCUAAAGUGGCUUUGGAGGCAACUGCGCCGGGUUUAGAGGAAAAGCUCGGGGCUUUGGCUCCUGCUUAUGCUGUUGUUGGUCCUAUUGCUUCUUAUUUCGUCGAGAGGUAUAAGUUCAGUAAGGAUUGUUUGGUUGUGCACUGGUCUGGAGACAACCCUAACAGUUUAGCUGGUUUAACCUUGAGUGUUCCUGGGGAUCUGGGUAUUAGUCUUGGCACCAGCGACACUGUUAUCGGUAUAUCCAGUGAUCCUAAACCUGGGUUGGAAGGUCACGUCUUCCCUAAUCCAGUAGAUACGAAAGGCUACAUGGUAAUGUUAUGCUACAAAAAUGGGUCUCUAACUCGUGAAGAGGUGCGCAACAGUUGUGCGCAGAGCUCUUGGGAGACCUUCAACAAACUCUUGGAGCAAACACCGCCUCUUAAUGGUGGGAAGUUGGGUUUCUACUACAAGGACCAUGAAAUUCUUCCUCCACUUCCAAUUGGUUUCCAUCGCUACAUUCUCCAAAAUUUCAAUGGUGCCUCCCUGGAAGGGGUGAGUGAACAGGAAGUGAAAGAAUUUGAUCCUCCUUCAGAGGUGAGAGCAAUAGUGGAGGGCCAGUUCCUAUCGAUGAGAGGCCAUGCUGAGAGGUUUGGGAUGCCAGUACCUCCAAAGCGCAUAAUCGCUACAGGUGGAGCAUCAACAAACCAAAGCCUGCUGAAGUCGAUAGCAUCGGUAUUUGGCUGUGGAGUCUACACUGUCCAAAGACCUGAUUCUGCGUCUCUAGGAGCUGCAUUGAGAGCUGCGCAUGGCUGGAUCUGCAACAAGAAUGGUAGUUUUGUGCCGAUAGCAAACUUGUACAGCGACAAGUUGGAGAAAUCGUCACUGAGCUGCAAGCUGUCGGCUAGCGCUGGGAGUGACGAGGUGGCAUCGAAGUAUGGCGUGAUGAUGAAGAAGAGAAUGGAGAUCGAGAAGCGGCUGGUCGAGAAGUUGGGACGCCACUGAUUCCUGGGCUUAAAAUCAGAUUAUGUCCUUCCUACGUUUAGUGCAUAGGUUGUAACUAUUUGUUUUCCCCUUACCACUACGGAAUUUUGAGCAGCACAUUCUAAGACAUGUCGAGGUCUUGGCGGAUGAAAAUAAUAAAUGGCAACAUACUCUCUUUUGUUGGUAAACUCGACUUUUAUUCUAUUUUCUUUUCCCUUUUUAAUAAUACU